AUGGCGGUGGGGGGGGCGAGCCUUGGCCGGGAGGGGUGGCAGGAGGCACUGACCACCCCGCUCAGGCUGGCGGGGGGUGCUGAGGGUGGGGAGGAGGAGGGGGGGGUGUGGACGCUCGGAGCCUUCGGGAGGAACUUCACGCUGUACCUGGUGCCCGACUCCAGCUUCUUGGCACCCGCCUUCACCGUGCAGAGGCUGGGCGGCAGCGGGGGGCGCUCCCGGGCGCUUGCGCGGAGGCAGGAGGCUGAGCUCAGGCGCUGCUUCUACUCCGGGACCGUGAACGGGCAGUCUGGCUCGGCGGUGGCCGUCAGCCUGUGCCAGGGCAUGAGGGGCGCCUUUUACGCGGAUGGAGAGGAGUAUCUGAUCGAGCCCGCGAUGGGGGGUUGGACCCCGAGUCCGAACCCGGACCUGACCCGAUCCCAUUUGAUCCGGAGACGAGAAGACAGGAGCGGAGAUGGAGGAGGAGAGGGAGAGGAAGAGGCCGCGCGCCCCAGCCCCUCGCCCGGGGGAGGCGCUGGGGCCAAGCCGCGCUCUAAGAGGUUCGUGUCGGAGGCGCGCUAUAUCGAGACGCUGCUGGUGGCCGACCCGUCCAUGGUGCGCUUCCACGGCAGCGGCUUGCAGCACUACCUCCUGACGCUGCUGGCGGUGGUCGCCCGCCUGUACCGGGACCCCAGCAUCAGGAACCUGGUCAACGUGGUGGUCGUCAAGGUGCUGCUGGUGGAGGAGGAGGCGGCGGGACCCCCCGUGUCGGCCAACGCCGGACUGACCCUCCGCAACUUCUGCAGCUGGCAGCUGGACCACAACCCGCCCGGCGAGAGGCAUCCCGAGCACUUCGACACCGCCAUCCUCUUCACCAGACAGAACAUAUGUGGGCAGCAGAGUUGUGAUACCAUGGGAGUGGCAGAUACCGGGACCAUGUGUGAUACAAGCCGGAGCUGUGCGGUGAUCGAGGAUGAUGGGCUCCAGGCAGCUUACACGACUGCACAUGAACUGGGACACGAGUUGAGCAUGCCACACGAUGACUCGAAGACGUGCGACAAGCUAUUCGGUCACAUCGAGAAAAAACAUGUGAUGACUCCUGUGUUCACACACCUCAACAGGACUUUGCCUUGGUCUCCGUGCAGCGCAUUCCACAUCACGGAAUUCUUUGACCACGGACACGGUGACUGCCUGCUCGACGCUCCUGUUAAAACCAUCCCGUUACCCACCACGCUGCCGGGGCAGACCUACAACUUGGAUGAACAGUGCCAGCAGACGUUCGGGGAAGAGUACCGGCAUUGUCCGAACAUGUCCAAUUCCGACGCGUGCUCUCACCUGUGGUGCAGGAUCGCAGACCAACCCUUGUGCCACACCAAGAACGGAAGCCUCCCAUUGGCAGAUGGGACCCCUUGCGGGCACGAUGCCAUCUGUAUAGACAGUGCAUGCCUUAACACGGCCGAGUUAACUAACAUGAAGACGGUUGUCGAGGGAAACUGGGGUUCGUGGAGCCCCUGGGGAGAAUGUUCAAGAACAUGCGGAGGAGGUGUGCAGUUUUCAUUUCGAGAUUGCAGUGACCCUGUACCUCAGAACGGUGGGAAAUACUGCGAAGGACAAAGAACCCAGUACCAGUCCUGCAAUACCCACGGAUGUCCCACCAGCAAUGGGAAGAGCAUCAGAGAGGAGCAGUGUGAAAAAUACAACAGCUGGAAUUACAGAGAUCUGGCAGGCAAUCUGGUUGAAUGGAUACCCAAAUACUCUGGCGUAUCACCAAGGGACCGAUGUAAACUGUUCUGCCGUGUCAAAGGGAGAAGCGAGUUCAAAGUCUUCGAACUCAAAGUGAUUGAUGGCACACAGUGCGGUCCCGAAACCACAUCGAUCUGUGUCCAAGGUCAAUGUGUAAAGGCUGGUUGCGAUCACGUCAUUGGGUCGGUCAAGAAACUGGACAAGUGCGCAGUGUGUGGCGGGGAUAGUUCAACAUGCAGAAAAAUAACAGGCUCUCUGAACAAGGCCAGGUACGGCUACAAUGAUAUUGUUACGAUCCCAGCUGGUGCCACUAACAUCGAUGUCAAACAGCGGAGCCACAAGGGGAUUAAGCAUGACGGUAACUACCUGGCUGUGAAGUUACUGGACAAGUACAUUCUGAAUGGAGCGUAUUCGGUGAUCCCAAUGGAACAAGAUAUCCCAGUCGGAGGGGCGAUUCUGAAGUACAGUGGCUCCUCUACCACUCUGGAACGGAUCCAAAGCUUCCAACAACUGCAGGAACCCUUGACCAUCCAGCUGCUGUCAAUAACCACGGAUGCAUUAUUACCCCCCAGGGUGAAGUACAGCUUCUUCAUCCCCAAAGGCGUGCCGUUCAGCAAGGGGAAAGCCAAGGCACCCAAGAAGUCCCCCAACGCCAUCAAGCAGUCCGUGGUCUCUCAGUGGAGCCUUGGGGAAUGGUCCCAGUGUUCUCGCAGUUGUGGGUCUGGGAGGCAGAGGAGGAUUGUCGAGUGCAAGGACAAUCACGGCCAGGUAUCCCUGGAAUGUGACAUGGCAUUGCAGCCGGAUGACACCAGACCCUGUGCCAACGUACCUUGCCCACUGUGGCAGCUGGGCUCCUGGUCCCCCUGCUCAAGAACGUGCGGCCUGGGGCAAAGGGAGCGCAGUGCGUUGUGCGUUGAAUACACUGGUAAGACUGUAGAAGAGGAGAAGUGCAACUCUACCAAAGAACUAAAGCCCGUGACUGAGGCGUGCGUCUUACAGCAGUGCUAAGCGGGGCGCUGGCUGCCUUUUAUGUGGAAAGAGAUUAAAUCUGACAGCUUGUUAGGAAACAACGCUUGGCCCCUGCUUAGAUUCUGAGAUUCGAGGGGUUCGUGCAGCCGUAGGCAAUUGGAGAAAGUGCACUAACGUGACCCAAAUAGGUCAGCAAAGUAGAGACCUGUUGGUUGUAUUCGACGACAGCAAAUACCACUGUACAUCUUGUUUCUUUUGCCAGAUAGUUAUCUACCUCGGAAGAUGUUGCCCACAACGUUGCCUUUCAGAAGUUAGGCUAAGUAUACACUGUACGCGUUCCCUUUAUGCUGCUGUGCCAGGUCUUAACCCUCGACGAUUGCAGAUUGCGAAGACGGCAACUUUGUAGUAAUUGUAAUUUAAUAAUUAAGAAGUCCUGCCUUUUGGUGUGUGUGUGUGUGUAUAAUAGUCUUGUUCUAGAUCAGUCUCGUACCACAGUGUGUAUAUUUUAUGGAAGAUUUUAAAACUAAUUCUAAUGAGAUGUAGCAUUCCAUACUGUACAUAGAGAACCUGAGGUAUCAUAUACCUUCAAUGAAGGAGUGUAGUUAUUCUUAGCUUCCUUUAAAGCUAUUUAUUUUUGUACAGUUUGUACCUUUUACUGACAUUGUACUUCAGAUUGUUUUAGAUGCUGCUGUGUUACAAACGGAGAGACUUUUUUUUUCCUUCUAUAGAUGCUUAAGUUUGUUGUACAACCGGUCAUCAACUCCCACUCAACAAACAAUGAAAACUUGUAGAUGCAUUGAAAUAAAUCGAUUUUAAUUUUAUAAAAACGUUGUACAAUUAUGGUUAUGUAUGAACUUUGCCACUUUAGUAAAUAAUGCAGAAUUUGCUGUGACAGCAGCCCUGUGUAAACAUGCACAAUAAAUCAUGGAUUAUAGCUCA